AUGACGAAAAAGACAGCUAAGGAAAAGGAUUCACAGGUUGUUCCUCAUGGUUACCUCGCUCCCGAGGACAUUGAGUGGGACUUUGGUGGUCCCAUUGGUGCUUUUGGAAUGAUGACAGGUUUCCCGCUUUUGAUGAUCUAUAUGUGGAUCAGUGCUGAAUUUUAUGGAGGCAAGCCCGCUUGGCCAACUGAGGGCGAAAGCUGGGAAGACUUUGGUAAAGUGCUUUUGAACUUGUUCUUGAACCAUGGUGUGCCAUCUUUCAAGUCUUGGGCUCUUUUCACCACCUUCUUUGUCGUGCAGGCCAUCUUCUACUUGACCUUGCCAGGUGUUUGGACCAAGGGUCAGCCAUUGGCCCACUUGAAGAACAAGCAAUUGCCUUACUACUGUAAUGCCGUGUACGCCUUCUACGUCACCAACGUUGUCGUGUUGGGCUUGCACUUUGCUGGCUACAAGUUGUACUACAUCAUCGACCACUUUGGUGAGAUCAUGGUGACUGCAAUUGGUUACGGUCUUUCAUUUUCCGUUUUGUUGUAUGUCUACUGUCUCAAUUACUCGAAGGAUUACCACAGAAUGACCGGUAACCACAUCUACGAUUGCUUCAUGGGUGCUCCAUUGAACCCAAGAAUCGGCAAGUACUUGGACUUGAAGAUGUUCUUCGAGGUCAGAAUCCCAUGGUUCACCUUGUACUUCCUUUCCCUCGCUACUGCCUUGAAGCAGCUCGACUCUUAUGGCUAUGUCUCUACCCAGGUCAUCUUUGUCGUCUAUGCUCACUGGCUCUACGCCAACGCCUGCUCCAAGGGUGAGGAAUUGAUUGUUCCAACUUGGGACAUGGCUUACGAGAAGUUUGGCUUCAUGUUGAUUUUCUGGAACAUCGCCGGUGUCCCAUACACUUACUGCCACUGUACUUUGUACCUCGCUUACCACCACCCAUCCGAGUACAACUGGUCCGUUGAGUACAACGUUGCCUUGUUCACUAUCUUGACCAUUGCAUACUACUUCUUCGAUACCGGUAACAGACAAAAGAACAGUUUCAGAAGAAUCAUGGCUGGCAACACCUCUCUCAGAAAGACUUUCCCAUACUUGCCUUUCUCUGAUCUCGAGAACCCUAGCUACAUCAAGUGUGCCAAUGGCUCUCUCUUGUUGACUGACGGUUGGUACAAGUACGCCCGUAAGGCUCAUUACACCGCUGACUACACUAUGGCUCUUACCUGGGGCGGUAUUUGUGGUUUCGCUUCUCCAUUCCCAUGGUUCUUCCCAGUAUUCUUCUUCAUUGUGUUGAUUCACAGGGCUCUCAGAGACCAAAGAAAGUGCGCUAGAAAGUAUGGUGAAGACUGGGACAGAUACCUUGAGGCUUGUCCAUAUAUGUUUAUCCCAUAUGUUAUUUAA